CUGUCUGUGAAAGUCUGGCUCUCCAACCACUGCCAGUAGAUAUGGUGUCAGUGCCCUUGGUAGACUGGUCCAAGAGGAAAUUAAACAAGCGCAAAAGAGUAUUUGAAAAGUUUAGAACGAACAGCAAUGAAUCUGAAUAUCGAGCACAGAGCGUACAGUUUAAACUAUAUCUUUACAUUUAUGGACCGGCUUUUAUUAGCUAGGAAAUGUGCAAAGAUAAUCACACCUGUCUGUCGCGAAAUGGCAUAUUAUCAUAUCGAAUGGAAACCAAAACCAUUUCCCUGCACUAAGGCUGAACGCGAAGCAGCAGCGAAACGAUAUAACCUCCUACCAUCAGAUUACAAACCAUUCGAAGAUGAUGGAUUAGCACCAGGAGAUUACUUCAAAGUUGAACCGUAUAACGUAAACAACCUUGAUCCCUGGGAACCCUACGACUAUCCACGUAGCAGACGGAAUUACAACGACCCCGUUUUAUUUAAAGCACACAUGUAUUCUUCGACUGGAUUCGAUCCUGUAUUGAUGAAAGAAAGACUCGGAGGACAUUCAAUACCGUGGGUGCUUUUCAAGAUAUUUUCACCGUUAUUUGGUCUCACAUUCCUGCUUUACAUUGGCCAAAUGUUCGGCUACUUCUCACCAAUGAAAGCCAAACAAUUCCCGCUUGCCGAAGACAGAGAUAACCACUAUACCUUUGAAAGACCUGAAUAGAAGAAAACUUGUAAAAUAAGAAAUAGAAUACAUACAUAUGAAGUAGUU